CCCCCCCAUCGUAUUGGCUACCGUCAGCAGCCCAGCGCCCAGGCAAAGAUAUUCAAGUAGACCAAGUCUGCCCGCUCUCCCGCACGACAACUUGGCCGCCCGUAUAAUUACAUUUCCCUGCCAGGCUUGUCCACCUGCACCCCCGAAACCUCAGGUCGACCAAUUAUCCUGUCCCUCCCUGCGGUCUACGCGUGUUUCAGCGCGGCCGUUUUCCUAGCGCAGGCUUCCCCCCAUCUCUCCGCCCAAACCGGCUUAGCCCCCUCUUCAGCACCUUUCUCAGCCCUCCAGCGCCCCAGACACUGCAUCGGCCUUUAUCAAGCGACACCGCCAGUCGUGCGCUCACUGCUCUUUUUUUCUUUCCAUUGUUCCUCCCUACAUCUCCACCCCAUCUUCCCAUCCCGCCUCGCCAUCUGCAGCCCCUGCCUGCGGACUGCAGCUCGUCAUGGCGUACAACAACAAUAACCAACCAGGUUACCACCUUGGGGACCCCAACACUGGUUACGAUCGCACUGAGCACGAGGAUGAGGUUGCCCGCUCCCUCUUGCACGAGAACCCCACCGGUGCCAACUCAGACCCUUUCUACGGCAACCCUGAUCACCGCCCACACUCAACCUACAGCUUGACCGAAUCCUAUGCCAACGACCGGCCAACUCAAUACCCAGCACAGGGCCAUGAGGGCACCAGCUACUCGGUCAGCGGUGGCUACGACCCGGCCAGCGACUUUGGUGCCGGCCAGCGUGCACCCUCACCAUACGAGAGGAGCGAGACCAGCUCCACCGAGGCAUGGAGGCAGCGACAGCAGCCUGGUGGUCAAGCCGGUGGCCUCAAACGUGGCAUGACCCGUAAGGUCAAGCUCGUCCAGGGUUCCGUCCUCAGUGCCGACUACCCCGUGCCUUCAGCUAUCCAGAAUGCCAUCCAGGCAAAAUACCGCAAUGACCUCGAAAGCGGCAGCGAGGAGUUUACCCACAUGCGAUACACGGCUGCCACGUGCGACCCCAAUGACUUCACACUUAAGAACGGUUACAAUCUGCGUCCGGCCAUGUACAACCGCCACACUGAGUUGCUCAUUGCCAUUACCUACUAUAACGAAGACAAGGUUCUCACUGCCCGCACCUUGCACGGUGUCAUGCAGAACAUUCGCGACAUUGUCAAUCUCAAAAAGUCCGAGUUCUGGAACAAGGGUGGUCCAGCUUGGCAAAAGAUUGUCGUCUGCUUGGUUUUCGACGGUAUCGAUCCCUGUGACAAGGGUACGCUCGAUCUGCUCGCCACCGUCGGUGUUUACCAGGACGGUGUCAUGAAGAAAGACAUCGACGGAAACGAGACGAUUGCUCACAUUUUCGAGUACACCACACAACUUUCCGUCACACCCAACCAGCAGCUCAUCCGCCCGCACGAUGACAGCGCCAGCACUCUGCCUCCCGUUCAGAUGAUGUUUUGCUUGAAGCAGAAGAACACCAAGAAGAUCAACUCUCACAGAUGGCUCUUCACUGCCAUUGGCCGCAUUCUGAACCCCGAAGUCUGCAUUCUGCUCGAUGCCGGUACCAAGCCCGGUCCCAAGUCGCUGCUCGCUCUCUGGGAAGGCUUCUACAACGACAAAGAUCUUGGUGGUGCUUGCGGUGAGAUUCAUGCUAUGCUUGGAAAGGGUUGGAAAAAUCUGCUCAAUCCGCUUGUGGCUGCUCAGAAUUUCGAGUACAAGAUCAGUAACAUUCUUGACAAGCCGCUCGAGUCGUCUUUCGGCUACGUCUCUGUGUUGCCUGGUGCUUUCUCAGCUUACCGCUACCGCGCUAUCAUGGGCCGACCGCUCGAGCAAUACUUCCACGGUGACCACACUCUCGCCAAGAUUCUCGGAAAGAAGGGUAUUGAGGGCAUGAACAUUUUCAAGAAGAACAUGUUCUUGGCCGAAGAUCGUAUUCUGUGUUUCGAACUCGUCGCAAAGGCUGGAUCAAAGUGGCAUCUUACCUACAUCAAGGCUUCCAAGGGAGAGACUGACGUGCCCGAAGGCGCUGCCGAACUCAUUGGUCAGCGUCGUCGUUGGCUCAACGGUUCUUUCGCUGCCGGUAUCUACGCCCUCCUGCAUUUCGGUCGCAUGUAUAAGAGUGGUCACAACUUCGUGCGCAUGUUCUUCUUCCACAUUCAGAUGUUGUACAACAUCUUCCAGACUAUUCUUACCUGGUUCGCUCUGGCUUCCUUCUGGCUUACUACCGUCAUUAUCAUGAGUCUUGUCGGCAGCAAGACCGACACUCGAGAUGCUUGGCCAUUUGGUAACCGCGUCACUCCCAUCUUCAACACCAUUGUCACCUACCUCUACCUCGCAUUCCUGGUCUUGCAGUUUAUUCUGGCCUUUGGUAAUCGUCCCAAGGGCUCCAAGUACUCUUACUUGGUAUCGUUCUGCGUCUUCGGUAUCAUCCAGCUCUACAUUGUCAUCCUGUCUAUCUACCUUGUUAUUCAGGCCUUUACCAACCCGACCUCUCAGAAGCUCGAUACCUCGUCACCAGAAGCCUUUGCCAAAUCCUUUUUCUCAUCAGAUGGUGUUGGUAUCAUUAUCAUAGCUCUUGCCGCGACUUUCGGUCUCUACUACGUCGCUUCCUUCCUCUACAUGGACCCAUGGCACAUGUUCACCUCGUUCCCGCAAUAUCUGCUCAUCAUGUCCUCGUACAUCAACAUUCUCAACGUCUACGCGUUCUCCAAUUGGCACGAUGUGUCCUGGGGUACCAAGGGUUCUGACAAGGCGGAUCUUCUGCCAUCAGCCAAGACGGAGAAGGGAUCAGACGGAAAGCACAACGUCAUUGAGGAGCCUGAUCUUCCUCAGGCCGAUAUUGACAGUGCGUUCGAGGCCACUGUGAAGCGUGCUCUUGCCCCAUACAUUCCACCAGAGGAGAAGGACGAGAAGACCCUCGAGGAUUCUUACAAGUCUUUCCGUACCCAUCUGUGUACCGCUUGGAUUGGUUCCAACGCGACUCUCGCCGUUGUUAUCACCCAAGACAACUUUGACCGCUUCGGUUUCUCGUCGAACGCCUCUACCAGAACCGCACACUUCUUCCAGGCUCUCCUGUGGUCUACUGCAGUACUUGCCUUGAUUCGUUUCAUCGGAUGUCUGUGGUUCCUUGGUCGCACUGGUCUCUUCUUCUGCGUGCGGAAGAGGUAAAGUGGCGUAUGCACUACUGCGACGCCCACUUUUGUGUUUCCAAAGCCCUGCUUCGAUUACCCUAAUCAGAUAUAAUUGGCGUUUCUUGGUGUCGUUGGGCUUGAGCAGCAGCUAGGAGCUGUGAUUUUUGCUUGUUUCCGAAAAGAAAAAUAUCACGCGCGCAUGCCUGGCGUGGGUUCACUACGUGACUCCUCGUCCGACGUGUCACAGACAUGAAAUGUUUGGUUCCAUUUGGAAAGGGGGAGCGGCAAAGACAUCUAUGCCCAAAAUUUUGUGUCAUGGGAGGCCUGCUGGCUUGCUUUUAUGCACGCUAGAGAUGUAUGGGCUUUUUAUAUUCAGACUUUAGAUUGGAAAUACCACAAAUAUGUUAAGAUUGCUGUCUGCGUUUCACAUAUGAUCGAUAACAAGGCUGUUUGCAAAGAAGAAAUAACGUCGUGUGGAA